UGGAAAUGUAAUAUUGGCCUUGGGGCUCUCCAGCCCUUUGGGCUUUCCAAUGGGAUCUUAGAAGCAGCCGAAGCAGCGUGAAGGGCAGCAACCCCAAGCCAGCCAGGAGUUGAACACUCUGCCCUACAGCUCUUCUGGAUCGAGGAGCCCAAAGCCCUGCCCUCACCGUUCACCAGGUCACAGUUUUUGUCUGCUUGAACACACAUGGCUUUGUUACGAAAAAUUAAUCAGGUGUUGCUGUUCCUUCUGAUUGUAACCCUCUGUGGGAUCCUGUAUAAGAAAGUUCAUAAGGGAACUGUGCUCAGGAAUGAAACAGAGGAUGACUCCGAGCCUCCUGAGGAAAUGGAGGAGGAGAUUCCUGUGGUGAUUUGUGCCGCGGCAGGGAGAAUGGGUGCCACCAUGGCUGCCAUCAACAGCAUCUACAGCAACACUGAUGCCAACAUUCUGUUCUAUGUCGUUGGACUCCGGAACACUCUGUCUCGAAUCCGAAAAUGGAUCGAACAUUCUAAACUAAGGGAAAUAAACUUUAAAGUCCUGGAAUUCAACCCUAUAGUCCUCAAAGGGAAGAUCAGACCAGAUUCAUCGAGGCCUGAACUGCUCCAGCCUCUGAACUUUGUUCGAUUUUAUCUCCCUCUGCUUAUCCAUCGACAUGAGAAAGUCAUCUAUUUGGACGAUGACGUCAUUGUGCAAGGUGAUAUCCAAGAACUCUAUGACACCACCUUGGCCCUGGGCCACGCGGCAGCUUUCUCGGGUGACUGCGAUUUGCCCUCGGCUCAGGACAUGAACAGAUUUGUGGGGCUGCAGAAUACAUACAUGGGCUAUCUGGACUACCGGAAGAAGACUAUAAAAGACCUUGGCAUAAGCCCCAGCACUUGCUCUUUCAACCCGGGUGUGAUUGUGGUCAACAUGACGGAAUGGAAGCACCAGCGCAUCACCAAACAACUGGAGAAGUGGAUGCAAAAAAAUGUGGAGGAAAAUCUCUACAGCAGCUCCCUGGGAGGAGGGGUAGCCACCUCCCCAAUGCUGAUUGUGUUUCAUGGGAAAUACUCUGCAAUCAACCCCCUGUGGCACAUAAGGCACCUGGGCUGGAAUCCAGAUACCAGAUAUUCGGAGCAUUUUCUGCAGGAAGCAAAACUACUCCACUGGAAUGGAAGACAUAAACCUUGGGACUUCCCUAGUGUUCACAAUGACUUAUGGGAAAGCUGGUUUGUUCCUGACCCUGCAGGAAUAUUUAAACUCAAUCACCACAAUAGCUGAUAUAACUUAACAUUUUAAGUAUUUCCUACAUAAAAAUGUGGAAUUGUGCAUUUGUAGCCCUACUAUUUCAUUGUUCUUUAUGAAUAGUACCUUCAAGACAUAUGAUCCACAAUGGAAACCACAAAGACUACUGUGUGCAAACAGUACCCUGGGUCAUGCAGGCAUGGACUCCUUAAGUACGGGGGGGAUUACGGAAAUCACGAUGAGGUGCGUGAGCUGUAUUGUUGGAAGGAAACAAACCCGUCUCGGUUUCAGCAAUCAAUUUGCUUAACUCUGAAUGACAACUUAUAUUCACAAUUUUUAAAAAUUUCUAGAUGUGUUUUUUCACACACAUCUUUUUUUAGGUAUUUUUUAACAGGUUGCGAGUCUUUUGUAAAACAAUAUAUUCCGUUUAAAACAUGAAUGUCUGAAAAAAUAAAAUAUUUGCAGAUUU